AAAUGGCUCGAACAAUGGACCCAACUAUCAAGACGACGUUCCCGAACGACUUUGCCGCGUCGACAUGGGCGAACGGAUCGGAAUCGUGGUACAACGUGUACUCGUGGGUUAACUCACAGAACGACUCGGACAAUGGGGAUAGCAUCCGAUCCUCCACUUCAUCGCAACCACAGACAUCUCCAUCAUCUGGACUUGAUGAUCACGAGCAUCGUCUUCUCUGCGACACACCGAGCAGCCCGAUCGAUCAAGCAUCAUACUUCAAUAAUAACAACAAUAAGACAUCGGAUUUGAACACGAGCUGGUUCAAUCCACCACCAAUCACAUCUUCGUUGAUUCAGGCACCGGCACCGGCACCAGUUCAACAGAAAAAGACAGAGAGCGAAUCAAAAGACUAUGCUCUCCUACAAGAACUUCUUCGACUCAACCUCAACACAUCUCCACCAUCCUCAGGAUCAAACCUUUCCACUCAAAACCAGCUCUUCUCCUCUGCAUCCCCUUCAACAUCAUCACCAUGGUCUCUUCCACAAGAAGAGUUGUAUCGCCCGGCACCGAUCGCACGCACAUCUCCACCAGCCCCACAGCAGAAUAUGUACUGGAACACGGCGACGAGCAGACACAACUCUACAUCAGACGCGGAGUUUCUUCAGGCGCUUAGCAACCAGCUCGCGGCAUGUCAAGUGACUACUCCCCAACCAUCCGGAGUGGAUAUGACUUAUAUCAUGCAACAACAAGCACUCGUAGUUCAACAGCAACAACAGCAACAACAACAGCAACAGAAUAACCGACAGUGGCCAUCAAAAACAGUAUUCCAAAGAUAUUCAUUCAUGUCAGCUCUUCAAGGAAAAGUCGACGAGGUCACCGAUGAGUACCGCCAGCUUGAGAAAGAGCGCAAGCAGACAGAAGCUGAACUUGCCCGUCACAACCUUGGAAAAAAGAUAUCCUCGUCAAACGGGCUCCCAAUCCCAAAACUUCCAACUGCUCCAUCACGCAUUGAUAGAAUGGUUGUGGACUUCUUCAGGGAGCACGCAAGGAUCAGCACACUCCUGGCAAAAAUGGAGCAGCUCACCGGAAGAUCAAUGCCACUAGCAGCUCAUCAAACACUUGCAGAGCUCCUUCAAGCAGUCACCAGCCUCUACCACAGCCGUGUUCAUGAGCGAGCCCUGAUUCUACAGCAGUUGAGAGGAGAAGCCAUUCACUAUGAUGAGGAGAAAGAAGCCGGAGUCCUCAUCGAAAUCCUGUGCCUAGUUCAGCAAGCGGCCACACGAGUCCGCGCCGCCAACUGGUAUUGCCUCAUGACAACGCUCGGCCCAUUGGACGCCACUCAGAAAAUGCAGAUGGAUCAGCUCGCCUCAUCGGACUUCACCAUUCCACCACCACCAAUCCGUCCACGUCCAGUUUGAGCUUGAGCUCAUCAUCCUUUAUUUUUGUAGCCUAGCAACACCCACACACACACUCACAUCCUCCUUUGUUCCCUCCUAUAGUUGGCUGGACCCAAUAGAAAACCCCUUCUUGUUUCACACAACCAUCACGGCCCAGCCGCUUUCUAGAUUUUAGCCUCUCCUCUUCUCAUUCCUCAACACAAGAAUCUGUACAUAUACAAAAUUAGUAAAGGUAUACCUCCUUCUCCGUCCGCGCACUGAUUUUUUCCCUUCUCUUCUCAAAUUUGAGCUUCAAUACACAAUGUGUGUAAAAUAUCCCUCUAGCCGAGUAUCGCGUAGUAUUCCUCAUUUACAGCUUCAACACCACCUCUUCUUUUUUCAAAUUCAAAUGUAUUUAAAUCACUGAUGAUAUAUGAUUUUACGUUCUCCCCCCACUCCUCCCACCACAGCAACUAAGAAAAACUCUCCUAUUACUAAAUUUUUCAUAAUCUGGUUGUUGAAAAUCAGUGUGCGUGUGUUCUUUUGCAAUGAAUAUAACCACCUCUGUGUGUGGUUCAAUAAAAAAGUUUUUAUU